AUGGCUGCGCAGCUUCGUCGACCGCGACCGCGUAUGGCUGGACGUAUACUCUGUCAGGUGGGCGAAGAGCGAGCCGAAGACGGGCUUGAGCGCUGGCACCGAGAGCGCAAUCAGCGUCGUUGCGAUCUCUGCGUUCUCAACGCAGAGCAUGGGGUUGUAGGCCCAGCUGCCGUCGGAGGCCCAUUGGCCCACUGCGACGAGCCAGACGCGCACGGCGGAGAUGACGAUUACGCUGCGCUUUGGCCACAGGCCGGUGACGGGCUUGCAGUGGAAGAUGAGAAGGAAGAUUUGGGGGAGAUAGGCGGCGAAGAGGAGGGGUGCGGCGAUGAGGAUGCUCAUAUGGAGGAUUGUGGAGCGGACGCUGAGCCGGUAAUAGAAGGCUAG